AUGUCAGAUUCAAACACAACCGACUUCACCAACCCCUCCACCUUCAUCCUAGUUGGCAUUCCUGGCCUAGAGGCAGCCCAUGUCUGGAUCUCCAUCCCCUUCUUCACCAUGUACGCCAUAGCCAUUUUGGGGAACUUCACCAUUCUGUUCAUCGUGAGGAGGGAACGGAGCCUCCACGGGCCCAUGUACUAUUUCCUCUGCAUGCUGGCUGUCACCGACCUGGUCAUAUCCACAACCACCAUACCCAAAAUGCUGAGCAACUUCUGGUUCAAUUCCAGGGAGAUCAGUUUUAGUGCGUGUCUCACCCAGAUGUACUUCAUUCACUGCUUCUCAACGAUGGAGUCUGGAAUCCUCCUGGCCAUGGCUUUUGAUCGCUACGUGGCCAUCUGCCAUCCCCUGAGACACUCCACCAUCCUGACAAACUCUGUUGUGGCCAAGAUAGGCCUGGCCGUGGUGCUUCGCAGUGGCAUACCCUAUCUACCCUAUCCCUUCCUGACGAGGCAGUGGCCAUAUUGCAGAACCAACAUCAUCCCCCACUCCUAUUGGGUGCAUAUAGCUGUGGUGAAGCUGGCCUGCGCUGACAUCCGCAUCAGUAGUUACUAUGGCCAGUUUGAGCUUUUCUCUGUGAUCGGAAUGGAUGGGUUUUUUAUCGCCGUGUCCUAUUCUCUGAUCCUCAGGGCCAUCUUCCGCCUCCCCACAAAGGAUGCCCGGCUCAAAACUUUUGGGACCUGCAUCUCUCAUGUUUGUGCCAUCUCACCUUUGUACAUCCCAGAGUUCUUAUCUCUCAUGUACCGGUUUGGCCACAGUGUGCCACUGCACUUCCUCAUUCUCAUUGCCAAUGUGUUUCACCCAGUGCCCCCUGUGCUACACCCCAUCAUUUACGGGGUGAGGACCAAACAGAUCCGGGACAGGCUGCUCCAGCUCUUUACUCAUAAAGAGACCUAA